AUGAAAAAAGUAUUUUCUAAAGAAUAUAGUACAGAGACGGUUCAAGGAGAAAGUCGAAUUAGACGAUCUGUACUUUCUAUGAAUAACCUUAUUAUUAAGCCGUCAGAUAAGAUUAAUACAGUUUAUGAUAUAUUAAAGAAAGCAUCAGAGGAUUAUGGGACAAAAAGAGCUUUGGGAACACGUAAAGUGAUUAAACUUCAUGUUGAAGAAAAAGUAUUUAUAAGGAUUGUUGAUGGGAAAGAAGAGAAGGAGAUGAAGGAUUGGACAUAUUAUGAGCUUAGUGAUUAUGAGUAUAUUAAUUUUAAAGAACUUGAUAGAAAAGCACAUGUUAUGGGAUCAGGGCUUCGGGCAUUAGGGCUUGGUAAAAAUGAUAGAAUGGCAAUGUAUGCAGCAACCAGUGCGGAGUGGCUUAUUAUGGCAUUCUCUUGCAUUACUCAAUCUUUAACGAUUGUUGCAGCAUAUGAUACUCUUAGAAGUGGUCUUGUUCCGUCUUUUAUUGAAACUGGAGUCAAAGGAAUAUUCUGUGAUGCUAAACUUCUUUCGAAUUUUGUUAAUUCUUUAGAGAGUAUUAUUACUUUGAAAGUCAUAAUAUAUUAUGGGGAGCCAGAUAAUGAAAUUAUCAAUCAUAUUAAGAAAGAUUUUAGUUACAUAACUCUUGUUUCUUAUGAAGAGAUAGAGUAUCUUGGCAAAGAGAAUCCAGUAGAUCCUGUUUUUCCUUCACCAAAUGAUUUUUUAUGCAUUAUGUAUACAUCUGGAUCAACAAAUUCUCCUAAAGGGGUUAUUAUAACUCACGCUAAUGUAGUGGCUUCAGUCUCAGGAAUAACUUCUGGGUUUGGUCCAUAUUUAACUCAAGAUGAUACUGUGUUAUCUUAUCUACCGCUUGCACACAUUUAUGAGUUUGUUUUUGAAAUGUUUUGUGUUUAUCAUGGGAUUACUAUUGGGUAUGGCACUGUAAAGACUUUAAGUGAUCUCAAUUGUCGAAAUUGUAAGGGUGAUAUUCAGACAUUUAAACCUUCAGUAAUGACAGGAGUACCUACUGUUUGGGAAAAUGUACGGAAAGGCAUAGUUCAAAAAUUAAAUUCUGUUUCAAAAUUAAGGCGGUCUCUUUUUUGGUUUUCAUAUAAGAUAAAAUCUUGUCUCUUAUUGCAUCGUUUUCUGGGCACCAAAAUUUUUGAUAUUCUCGUUUUUAAACACAUACGUGCUGCCAUGGGUGGUCGUAUUCGAGUUAUUUUUAAUGGUGGUGCUUCUAUUUCGCUGGAUACUCAAAAAUUUUUAAGCACUGUUCUUUGUCCUAUGUAUACUGGCUAUGGUCUUACUGAAACAUCUGCAACUUGUACAAUUAUGACUCCUGAACAAUUUUGUUUAGGAACCGUUGGAUCUAUAUCACCAAAUGUUGAAGUUAAGCUUGUCGAUGUUCCCGAUGCCGGGUAUUUUACAAAUUCCUCUCCGCAACAAGGAGAAAUAUGGAUUCGUGGUGGGCCUGUGUCUCAAGGUUAUUAUAAUCGGGAUCAAGAGAAUAAAGAGGCAUAUGCAGAUGGUGGUUGGUUUAAAACAGGAGAUAUUGGUGAAUGGACAGAGAAUGGAUUGCUUCGGAUAAUUGAUCGGAAAAAGAAUCUAGUAAAAACACAAAAUGGGGAAUAUAUUGCUCUUGAGAAAUUGGAGUCUGUAUAUCGUUCUUGUGAUAUAAUUAGUAAUAUUUGUGUUUACGCGGAUCCGGAACAUGUUAGACCUGUAGCUAUUGUUGUUCCUUCUGAGCUUCCUCUUAGGAGGUAUCUUGAAAGUAAACAAAUUUUAUUUGAAGAUGGUACUUUAUACGAACUUUGUCAAAAUAAAGAGGUUCGGCAUGCCAUUUUAAAUGAGUUAUUAAAAUUAGGAAAACAAAAUAAUUUUGCUAAAAUUGAGUUACUUCAGAAUAUAGUUCUUAUUGAUGAAGACUUUAGUGUCCAAAAUGAACUAUUAACAGCUGCACAGAAAUUUCAAAGAAAGAAAAUUCAAAUUAAAUAUCAAAAAGAAAUUGCUAUAGCUUAUGAAACAUCUUAA